UUCUUUUUUUAUUUACGUAUUUAGUUCUGCAAUAAUAUAAUAUAAUUGAUUUAUUAGUCGGCUCCCUAAAUGCUUAUUCGGAUUGUUUAAGUUGCAAAAACAUUACGAUACUGUUUACCAAUAACGCACCGCCCAUCCGGGUGCUUUGGUUGUGAAAAAUGGCGGCGAACGGGACUCAACGGUUCCCUUCAAAGGGAUGUUUUGAUCUUAAACUUACGGGUUUCGAGGAGGACACGAUGACAAAGUUUAUCGUUUGGACAAAAGACAAGGCUUUUGGUGUGGACGACCCCAAACCAGGAUCCAAAAAAAUUAUGUGGGAGCUACAAUAUGUUCCUUUUGAUGGGAUACCCUUCAUGGUGGUGGGAAGAAGGGUCUACUCCUGUCACCAAGGGGUAGACAAGCACAAACAUGAAAAACAGACAAGACAACUACAACUGCUUGAUGACUGCUCAGACCAUCAAUAUAAAGAGAGCCGACGUCUUCAAGACUCGAAGAAACUGGGCUGCCCUGCCAGAAUAUAUGUGGUUCAUCUUAUCAGAUUCCCUGAUUACAAGAUACCUGAUGACAUUCAUAAACAGAGGAAGGAGAGCUCUGGGAGUCUGAGACGUGCCUUAACAACAAACCCAUCAGCAGUGAAGUUUGAGGAGCAAUAUGUUGCACACUUCCCAGAGAUUGAGGAGCACAAAAACCAUCAUGUGGUAAAAGAGCCGUUCAAAGGAGAGGCUGCUCCUCCACCCACAAGGAGAAGGUUUUACGCCCUUGACAAAGAUAUCAGAAAUAUAAUCAAGUCGACAAAAGACGGCAAAAGGCAGUCGAGCAUUGACCAAGUCAAUCUGCAGGGGCUGGUAGACAACUGGCCAACAAACCAUGACUGUCUGAUCAAAUACCGACCCGGUCAAAAAGAUCAUGAUGGCGACUCCACUAAGCUGCUUUUCUGCUUGCAGACCACAUGGCAGGAAAGGCUGCUGCAUCUGUAUGAGCAACAGAUGUGCCUCCUUGAUGCUACGUACCGCACCUGUCAGUACCCUGUGCCCCUUUUCUUUCUCUGUGUUGCACAAACAUUCAUUACGCUGUGGUUGGUGUUUUUGUUACCCAAACAGAAACAACAGCAGACAUUAGGGAGGCCCUUGCUGUGUUUAGGGAGUGGAACCCUGAUUGGAAGCCAAGACACUUUAUGGCUGAUUUCAGCCAGGUGGAAAUUGGUGCGCUGGAGGCUGAGUUCCAAGAGUCCAAAGUCCUUCUGUGUGACUUUCACAGAGAAAAAGCCUGGGUGAGGUGGAUCAAGAGAAAAGACAACGGCUGCCAUGAGGAGGUGCUCCCUCUCCUCCGGUCUAUUGCAGAGUCACCCACAGAGGAGGAGUUUGCACAACGUUGUCUUCUGCUCCAACAAACCAAAGCGUGGCAGGAGAAUGAGAAACUGAGGAGGUGGUUCUUAAAGAAAUGGCUACUGUUUUCUGCAUGGUACAGGGGUGGAGCUGGGAGAAUUUAGGAGUCACAUAUAGGGAUAACCCCCUGUUUUCCAUAGAUGUGGUGUGUUUAAGCAGUUCCACUCCUCUUAUAAACAGCAGCACUCCUCCUGGAGACACCAGCAAGACCAAAAAAAGGAAAAAGUGUGGGAGCUUACUACGUGAAAUUUCAGUUCUGACUUGCCAUCUACAGGAUGAGUCAUUUCUGGAUAUCUUGACUGUUCGACUGAAUGACCUUUUGGAGGAUGUGAAGCGUCAUACCACUCAUAAUGACACCCUUUCCCUGUCGUACACUCCUCCAUCAAAAAAAAUUAAUUUAGAUGACCAAAACUCCUCAGAAUGAUUCCCAAAAAACAUCCAGCCUCUGAAAGGUUUGACCGUCGUGCUGAAGCAAUAAAAGCAGGCUUCAUGCUUAUAAUGCUAUUAUUGUUCCUUGGGUUAAUUUGUGUUAUUGUUGGCAUUGUGUCUGUGUGUGUGCAUGAGUCAAAUAUUUUGAGUAAAAUACAA